AUGUUAAACAGCGAAUUUGAACGAUUUAGUUGUCUCCCGACCGUAACUGAUGAAGCGAUCAGAUAUACAGAUAAUAGCGCAGUGAGUUAUCCUGUAGUAAUAUUGCGAGCUCUUUUUUCAACGUUGCAAAUUUUACUUCUCAAGCAUGAUGAGUCACAUUUGCAAAAACCAAACCAAAUACUAAGCAAAGAAGAAGCUUUAAUCAUGCAAACUUCAUUGUCAGGUGCAGUGGAUAUCAUUAAAGUUUUAUCAUUCAAAAGAGGACAGCCUCCUCCUCUCUUUAAAAUACUCAAAUUUUAA